AUGGCUACCCCACCGCAGUCUCGUGCUGGUCCCCCUGGCAACAUCAGCAUCCCGCCGGCACCUGCCUUCCGAGCGUCUGGCGCAGAUUCCUCAGCAACAAAGCGAACGAGCACAUCGGACAGUAUCAAUAAGCAGAGCAAUGAUAGCGAAUUCUCUUCGGCCAGCAACGCAGAAUGCGCCAGAGCGAUGAGCUUCAAACGUCCUCGGUCUCAAACUCCUCGCUCUCUGCUCAACCGUGCGAGCCUGGGCGUGUUUGGUGGCGACGCGUUCGACGCUGGCGCCUCAGGUCUUGGAGCACCAGGCAGCCAAGGUAACAAUUCUCGGUGGAGACGUUUGCGCACCACUUCGCGCGCUGCUGGAGGAGGUGGCGGUGGCGGUGGCGGCGGCGAUGAUUCGGGAUGGUCUCGUUUAGAUCCCAAACUGCCUCAGCUCUUGCCUGCCCCAGCUUCUCCUUCCUCCUCUCCUAUUCCCACUGUGCCAUUCGUCGUGCUCUGCCUUGUCUGCUUUGGAGAGUUCAGCUCGGCGGGGGUGGCUGGUCCAUUCUUGUUCUUCCAGAUCGAAGACUUUGGCGUGGGCAAGGAAGAUGAGAGCGCCGUUGGCUUCUGGGCGGGUAUCGUCUCUGCAUGCUUCUUUUUUGCUCAAUUCCUCACAUCUCUGCUUUGGGCUUCCAUCGCCACAGCGCACGGCAGGCGUAUCGUGCUCCUCGUCUCUCUCGUCGGGAACGCAACAUCGCUUGUCCUCUUUGGCAUGAGCACUAAUCUGCGCAUGGCCAUCGCUGUGAGGAUGGCUCAGGGUCUGUUCAAUGGCGCUGUGGGCGUGGCAAAAGGAGCUGUGAGAGACUUGUGCGACGAGAGCAAUGAAGCUCGUGCGAUGGGUAUGCUCGGCUUCUGGUGGGGCAUGGGUGGUAUUGUUGGUCCGAUUCUUGGCGGCCUCCUGGAGCACCCUGCAGACAAAUAUCCCAGCAUCUUUGGCUUUUCUGUGUUCUUAAAGGAGAAUCCUUACGUCUUGCCCUGCAUCGUCGCUGCCAUGUUCACCGCAUCCGGUGCUUUCCUCACGCUCUUCAUCGGCCCAGAUGGCGGCCCGCGGGAAGGUCAGAUUCGGCUGGAGAAGAGUCAAGAGGAUGGCGAUGCUAGCAUCGUCGCCUCUCCCGGUCCGGCUCACUCCAAUAUCCGUGCGUCUGGAAGUUGGGGAAGAGCUGCCGGACAGCGAAUCAGCGGCUAUUUUGGCAAUGCUCGGCCGGGUCAAACGGACGUGUCGCUCAGUCGGACAAAGACGUCAGAUUCGUCUGCGCUGCCAAGGACCUUUACACAACAGGUUGAUGAUGAAACAGGUGGUCCUCCUUCGCCACCUGUGGAUGCGGACGAGGAGGACGAAGCGAACGACACGAUGCUCACGCAUGAUGAUGGUGCUUCUGGCUUCGAUCGGCGGUCUGUCUCUGGUCCUCACGUCAGGCGUCUGAGCCGCACGACUGCUAGACAACGAGGGUUGGGAGGCGGUUCUGCAUACGGCUACGAUCGACGAUUUAGUCGCAACAGCACCCACACUUCCGCGACCGCUGCACCUCUUGGGCAGCCCACAUUGCGCCCUCGGGGGCCAGGAAGCAUCAGCACAGUCAACCAAUACGCUCCAGACUUUGAGGAGAUCGGUGCACCGCCUCGGCCUCUCACGUGGGCGCAGCGCUUCUUGCUAGCCAACGACGAUGCGGUUCACAGUAUCACCGAUCUCUGGGUCGCCGCUGCGAACGCUGUCGAAGAGUACGCAGAGGUGUUUGAGGAUGACGAGUAUAUGAAUGAUGGGGAGGAAGACUUCCCCGCAGAGAGCCACGCUGCUUCUUCCAGCGACGACGACACAAUGCGAGAAGCAGAAGACGACGCGCUGGGCUAUGGGGAUGCGCCCGCUGCAGAAGAACCACCGUCCCACUUGCCCCCUCUGCAUUUCGCCAACAUGCAACGCCGUAUGACCAGAACGCGCAGCACCGAGGCCAGCGGCCGACGUCAAUCUGGGCUCUACGCGAACAUCGGAGUGGAAAGCCCGCUUCUUUCACCUGUCGGAAAUCUGCCCACUUCGCCGCAGCCGCUGGCGUACGAGAGAACAGCAUUCGAUCCCACCUUGGCUGGCAUCCCUGAGAGCGCUCGAAACAGCAUGCAUGUCGGACAGAGUCGACUUCCCUUGGCAUCGGAUCGCGCGUCUCAGGCAGGUGGUCGUCGCGGAGCGUCUUUGGCAAGGAUUGAAAGCGCUAGCGUGGUGGAGAGCGCGAUAGCGAAGGUCUCGCUCGAUCGCACGCCUCCUCCAAGCUUAUGGAGCCAGCUCCCACUCGUCUUCAUUGGCCAUUACGCGCUGCUUUCGUUCCAUUCUUCCACCUUUGAACAAGUCUUUAUGGCCUUUCUCGUCACGCCGUAUCCUUCAGGAGGACUUGGACUGACUGCCGCUCACUUUGCUGAGCUGAUCGCCGCAAUGAUGAUUGCUCAGGUAGUUUUCCAAUUCUACCUCUAUCCCAAUGUGGGGCCACCGGGCGGCAAGCUGAGCCACUUGGCAAUGCUCAGGCUUGGCACCUCGAUGUACAUUGUCGUGUACAGCUUGUUCCCCUUACUUCGCUACUUCAUCCGGGACGACGAUGCACUCGUGAUGACGGGCAUGGUGCUCUUCGCAGCACUCAGAUGGGCCGCUAAUAUUUGCGCCUUCACCGCCGUCGCGGUUCUGAUGAAUGCUCUCUGCCCACCUCAGUACCUCGCACUUGCCAACGGGCUUGCUCAGACGUGCUCGAGCGCAUGCAGAACCAUCGGACCGAUCAUCGGAGGUUUCUUGGCUGCCAAAGGCAUCGAAGGCGGCUUUGAAAAUCACGUGUGGCCAUUCAACUACUACCUCGGCUUCCACACCGUCGGACUGCUCGGUUUCGCAGGCUUUUUGCACUGCACCCUUUUCAUCAGGUGA